ACUGCAGCAGUGAGUGGAUUUGUUGUCUUCCUUCUCUCUGUGUCAGAGGAGAGGCAUCUUUAAAGACGACGUCCGUCUUCAUUAGAGAUGAGAGGAGCAGCUAUGAGUUUAACUGCAGCAGCGAGUGGAUUUGUUGUCUUCCUUCUCUCUGUGUCAGUGAUACAGGGUCAGGAUGGCUUGAGAGUGACUUACACCUCUACUCAGAUCUGUGCUGUUAAAGGAUCAACAGUGAACAUACCCUGCAGCUACACAUACCCAUCAGCUGUAGGUGGAGUUGAUACUACAGUUGAGCAGAGAUUCUGGUUAAAUCAACAGUUUGUGGAUCUAACAACAGACUCAGAGUAUUCAGGUCGUGUGCAGUAUCACUCUGAAAACAAGGACUGUACUCUGAGAAUCUCAGACCUGAGAGAGAGAGACUCAGCUGUGUACAAGUUCAGGUUCACAACAAACCAAGGUGGGAACUAUGUUGGUUAUCCUGGAGUCACUCUGUCUGUCACAGGUCUGAAGGUGCAGGUGAGCAGAUUAGAGGUCUACGAGUCUUAUAACCAGGCAGAUCUGAAGUGUCAGAGCAGUUGUCCUCUACCUGGUCAUCCUUCCUACAUCUGGUACAAGAAUGGACAGAACAUUCAGGGACAAACAUCUAAUUAUUAUUCAGCCUCCUUUGAUCCUGCAGACAGCUUUUCCUGUGCUGUAAGAGGACAUGAGGACUUCCCCUCUCCUUCAGUGUAUGCUCAAAAGCUUUCCUCUGGGUCAGUGAGUCCCUCUGCUGAGAUAGUGGAGGGCAGUUCAGUGACUCUGACCUGUAGCAGUGAUGCUAACCCAGCAGCUAACUACACCUGGUACAAGGAGAAGCCAGUCUAUAAAUAUCUCAGUGAAGGAUCACAGCUCGACUUCAGCUCCAUCCAGUCCUCUGACUCUGGACAGUAUUACUGUAAAGUUAAGAACGAACUAGGGAAAUACAUCAAUAUAAAUGUGAAAUAUGGUCCAAAGCUUCCCUCUGUGUCAGUGAGUCCCUCUGCUGAGAUAGUGGAGGGCAGUUCAGUGAAUCUGACCUGUAGCAGUGAUGCUAACCCAGCAGCUAACUACACCUGGUACAAGGAGAAUGAAGACUCACCAAAAGCAUCAGGACAGAUCUUCACCAUCACUGAUGUUAGACCUGAACACAGUGGGAAUUAUUACUGUGAAGCCCAGAACAGAAGAGGAAGUCAGAACUCCACCUUUACAUCUGAUUGUUAUAGCAGGGAAUUCAACAAUGAUAAUGAAUAUCAUCAGGCUGACUGUGGUGGUCCUGAUGCUGAUUCCUCUGCUGCUCCUGAGUCUGUGGGCGAGGAAGAAGAAAAAUCUGAGCUCCACCACUGGACCACAUGAACAUGUAGAGAUAGAGUUAGACUCUUGUCCUGCGUAUGAGAACAUCUCAGACACUGCAGCACAGACAGAAGACCCAGAGGAGCAGGAAGACCUGGUGUGAAGUCCAGUCAGAUGCAGCUGAACCAGAGACUGGACUCACCUGAUGGAAACAAAGUAGUACGACAUUGAAAUAUCCCUGAGGAGAGCGAGGCUGUGGAGGGUGCGGGGGAAGUGGAUACAUUUACCUUCAACUCCAGAAGAUUUUAUUGUCAGUUUUGAGUAGCAGCAGCAGGUAGGAGUCAGCAGCAGCAUGUAGCACAACGUUUAGAAGAAUGUGGUGUUGGCAGCUUGAACUGAAUCAUGUCGAGGUGUCAAACAUGAUUUAUUGUUCAGAUCAGCUGAUGCUCAGGUGUUCUGUGACUUACUGAUGUAUAUGCAAGCUUAUUUUCUACUGCAGAGUUAGUUUUAGGCCAUGUUAUGCUUAAGGCUAGGAAGGAUGCACUUCAUUUAGUGAUGAAAAUAAUUUGA